CACGCCGUUCAUGAACAACUUGAUCUCUCGCCUGAAUUUUCUUUCAUUCAUCACCUUUCCCUUCCAGCCCUCUGUGCCAUGCCGGUGACUCACGGGCCGAAUAUGGUAUUACUAACGUUUAAUUAUUUUUUUUUUCGUGCCGCUGUCGACUGACCAGGACAUAAUUAUUUUAAUACCGGCUCACCAUGUUUUCCCUUCGCAUUGCUGCCUCGACGCGUCAAAUCUAUUUCAACGCUGGCCCAACGCUCUUUUCGAAUAGAUAUUGCUCGAAGAUAGAGAUGCCUAAAUCUUCUUUAGAAAAACCGAUUGCAUUACCGCCCAAAAAGCGCCUUGCUAUAGUUACUUGUAUGGAUGCUCGUAUAAACCCAUUUACACAACUUGGUCUUGAAGAAGGAGAUGCCCAUAUCAUUCGAAAUGCUGGUGGAAUGGCAAAGGAUGCAUUGCGAAGUAUAAUUAUAUCACAACGGCUUUUGGGAACUCGAGAGAUAGCCAUAUAUCACCACACGGGCUGUGGCAUGAUUACAUUCACUGGUCCAACGCUGCGAAGGAUGUUGAGUGAUGCGGACCCCGGAAAUCCUGCAAUCGCUUACCAGGCCAACAAGAUUGACUUUUUGGAGUUUGAUGACGUUGAGCAGUCGGUUCGGGACGAUGUUUUAAAGGGUACUAAAAUCACUGGCUGGAUCCAUUAUGUAGAGACAGGCAAGGCUGUACAGGUAGUGUAACUGAGAAAGUAUUGCUACUAGAUACUCUUUCUCUUCUACAAUAUCAAUACUCUAAUAGCACUAGUGUGAACGUGGGAGUACCCCACGUUUUGCGAGGGCACCCCGACCGCUUCGUGCUGAUGGUUAUAAUUAUUUUCAAUAUUUUUCAGUGCACCAAGGUUCAAGCCGAUGGGAGCAAAGGAGUCUUAGGUCGAUGACAAAACGAUCCAUA